AUGACUUUUGAUGAUGAUGACAUCUUCCUGUGUGGGAAGUGUAAGAAGCAGUUCAACUCCUUGCCGGCGUUCUUGACUCACAAAAGGGAGCAGUGCCAGCAGAACACGCCCUCGCUCGCCACCGUGUCACUGGCGUCCAGCAGCACUUACACACCUGUACCCUCGGUCAGCGCCGUGGCACAACCUCCGGCCAACAGACAGGUGUCGACGUACAUCACGGUGCCGCCGUCUCCUCUCACACACACCCUGGUGCAGGGGAACGUUCUGGUGAGCGACGAGGUUCUCAUGUCGGCCAUCUCGGCGUUCACGUCCAUGGACACACCAGUCACGGCCAUGCAGGCUUCCUCUCAGAGUAAUUUGAGCCUGCCCAGUGCAGCAUCAUACCUGCAACACCACCCACAGGCCUCUCAGCCCCUCCCACUGGCCCAGGCUCCACCCCUUUCUGCACAGGCUCCCACCAGUAUCAACAGCUCCAUAAUGCAGGUGUACAGCACACUGCCCCCGAUGGCUGGAGGAGGAAAUGCAGAGGUCCACACGCUCGGCCUCCAACAGUUCCAGUAUGUUCAGGGUGGUGGUGGUCAGUGUGUGGACAGUCAGACUGCAGCCUUCAGCAGCGCUCCCGUUUACAGUUCGGCUAAACCGGCACAGAAGCUGAAGAGCUGCAGCAGCACCGUGACUCUGAGCGAGCUGAGCGAAUACGACAAGGUCAUCAUCCCCAAAAAGACCCGCAACUCCAAGAAAGGCCACGAAGCAGGUCAAACAAAAGCCAAAGGUCAGAAGCUGAAGUGCAGUUUCUGUGACGAGGUUACUCAGGAUCAAGAGAACACAUCCAGUGAGCAAGAGCACGGUCCGAGUAGAAGUCGAGCGUGAGAGAUCGGGGGACUGCGCCAGGGCUUCCACGUGGAGCCGGUGGAAUCGACGAUUUCAAAACACCGAUGAUGAUGACAUCUUCCUGUGUGGGAAGUGUAAGAAGCAGUUCAACUCCUUGCCGGCGUUCUUGACUCACAAAAGGGAGCAGUGCCAGCAGAACACGCCCUCGCUCGCCACCGUGUCACUGGCGUCCAGCAGCACUUACACACCUGUACCCUCGGUCAGCGCCGUGGCACAACCUCCGGCCAACAGACAGGUGUCGACGUACAUCACGGUGCCGCCGUCUCCUCUCACACACACCCUGGUGCAGGGGAACGUUCUGGUGAGCGACGAGGUUCUCAUGUCGGCCAUCUCGGCGUUCACGUCCAUGGACACACCAGUCACGGCCAUGCAGGCUUCCUCUCAGGUACACACCAUUUAUCUGCCAUAGAUGCUGUAACCUAGCAUUGACACUGCCUGGCUUUUGUAACUAGUGAAAGCGUGGUUAUUACGACUCCUGCUGAUGUUUAUUAAAGCCUGGGCAUGGCACUCGUUAUCGUUAUUCAAAGCUUCAUGCAAUAAUUUGGAAUAAUACUUUUUAAACCCUUUCUUUUUCUUUUCCACAGAGUGGAAAAGGUGCUGGUGACCAGUUUGCUUGCGUUACUUUCUCUACUUACAUUUGCAUGACUUUUUAACUUGCAUGCAUUACUUCUUUACUUGCAUUAUUGUAAGUUUACUUGUCAGCUUACUUUUACUGUUACUUUAUUUAUUUAUUUGUUACCUUUUCUAACUACAAGCAUUACUUACUUUACUUAUUUUGCUUACAUAUGUUACUUUCUGUACUUGUUUCUGUUUUCUGUACUUGCAUCAGUUUGUGUUGCUUCUUUAUUUGUGUUAAUUUAAGUUUACUUGAGUCAAUUUACUUGCAUUCCUUUCUUGUUAUUUACUGGAAUUACCUUACUGCUUGCAUUACUUUUUUCUUACUAUUACUUUAUUUACUUGUUACCUAUUCUAUCUACUAGCAUUACUUACA